AUGGGUUCCGUGGAAACUCCCAAGAUUUCAGCAGAGAACACACAGGGUGUUAAAUUCUCGAAAGACGGCUUUCCGACUACAUCUGAGGAAUGGGUGAAGCGAGCUCAGGAGGUAGCUCAAAUCCUGGCCUCAACAGCUGUUGGCCGCGACAUCGAUAAUAAGUCUCCAGCCACCGAAGUCAAGCUGUUGAAGGCAGCUGGCUUGACCAGAAUCCUAGGUCCGAAAGAGUAUGGAGGGGGCGGGCAAAAUUGGUCAGUCGCCUAUAGGGUGAUUCGCGAGGUGGCCAGGGGUGAAGGCUCGCUGGGCAUGCUCUUAGGCUACCAUCUUCUCUGGUCAACUACCGCAAACGUCGUUGGUACCGACGAACAGAAGCACCGUAUACAGAAGCAGAUUCUGGAGCAUGACUGGUUCAUUGGAGGUGCUGUCAACCCUCGCAACGCCGACUUGAAGAUAACCUCCGAUGGGGAUCAUAUCGUUUUCAAUGGGUUCAAGCACUUCAACACAGGCGGAGUGAUCUCGGACGCCACCAUACUGGAAGGUGUAGUUGAUGGGACAGAGAAUCACAUCUUCACCAUUGUGCCGACAAGGCAGCCGGGGUUCCAGUUCGCUCAUGACUGGGACAGUCUGGGGAUGAGGCUGACUGAGUCUGGAAGUGUCAAGAUCGAACAAGUCCGAGUACCAUGGACCGACGCCUUUGGAUGGGACCCUCAGACUAAACAGCCUAUUGAGAGUGUUCUCAAGAUUCCUUUUGCGUCUCUUCUCUUGCCUACGAUCCAGCUCGUCUUCUCCAACUUCUACCUGGGCAUUGGACUAGGAGCCUUGGAUCCCGCAAAGCACUGGACGACCACGAAGACACGUCCAUGGCCUUAUGGAGGCGACAACAAAGACUCCGCGCUUGACGAGCACUAUGUGCUGGCUCGGUAUGGAAACUGGUUCGCGCAUCUGCGCGCUGCAGAAGCUCUCGCAGACCGAGCGGGAGACGAGAUUUCGGCAGUCUAUGCAGAGCACGGAGAAAAGCGAGACGUCAGUGCACGCAGACGGGGCGAAGUCGCUGAAUGGGUGGCUAGCAUCAAGGUCGUGGCAACAGACACCAGCUUGAGGGUCGCAGGCGGGAUUUUCGAGGUAACCGGGGCAAGCUCGACGGCGAAGAAAGUUGGUCUCGAUCGCUGGUGGAGGGAUAUCAGAACGCAUACUUUGCAUGACCCGGUGGCGUACAAGGAGAGGGAGUUGGGGAGAUACUUCUUGCUUGAUGAAAUUCCGGAGCCCACGUGGUAUACAUGA